CGCCCACGGGGGUGGCAGGGCGGUUCUAGGAGCGGGGGCCUAGCAAGCUCUCCGAGUAGCGACCCCGGCUCGGCUGUGGCCAGCAUGGCCCCUACCCUGUUCCAGAAGCUCUUCAGCAAGAGGAAUGGGUCGGGCGCGCCCGGUAGGGACGCUCGGGACCCGGAUUGCGUGUUCAGUUGGCCUUUGCCAGAGUUUGAUCCAAGCCAGAUUCGACUGAUUGUAUAUCAAGACUGUGAAAGACGAGGGAGAAAUGUCUUGUUUGACUCCAGUGUUAAGAGAAAAAAUGAGGACAUAUCAGUAUCGAAACUGUGUAGUGAUGCUCAAGUUAAAGUCUUUGGGAAAUGCUGCCAGCUGAAACCUGGAGGAGACAGUUCUUCUUCUUUAGAUAGUUCUAUUACUUCAUCUUCUGAUGUAAAAGAACAGUGUCCGAAGUACCAGGAUUCUCGGUGCUCUUCCGAUGCCAAUAUGCUUGGAGAGAUGAUGUUCGGUUCAGUAGCAAUGAGCUACAAAGGGUCCACCUUAAAAAUUCAUCAAAUCCGUUCCCCUCCACAGCUUAUGCUUAGCAAAGUUUUUACUGCACGGACCGGCAGCAGCAUCUGUGGGAGUCUCAAUACGCUUCAAGACAGUCUUGAAUUCAUCAAUCAGGACAGCAGUACAUUAAAGGCUGAUAGUAACACAGUUAUUAAUGGACUACUUGGAAAUAUAGGUCUUUCACAGUUCUGCAGCCCCAGGCGGGCAUUCUCUGAACAGGGUCCGCUCCGCCUGAUCAGGAGCGCCUCUUUCUUUGCAGUUCACAGCAACCCAAUGGAUAUGCCUGGAAGAGAGCUGAAUGAGGACAGAGACAGUGGCAUAGCACGCUCUGCAUCUCUCAGCAGCUUGCUUAUUACACCAUUUCCCUCCCCAAACUCCUCACUUACCCGAAGUUGUGCCAGCAGCUACCAGCGACGUUGGCGACGCAGCCAGACAACAAGUUUGGAAAAUGGGGUCUUCCCUAGAUGGUCUAUAGAAGAAAGCUUUAAUUUGUCAGAUGAAAGCUGUGGUCCUAACCCAGGAAUUGUGAGAAAAAAGAAGAUUGCAAUUGGAGUAAUCUUUUCAUUGUCCAAAGAUGAAGAUGAAAAUAACAAAUUUAAUGAAUUUUUUUUUUCACAUUUUCCUCUUUUUGAAAGCCACAUGAACAAACUAAAGAGUGCAAUAGAACAGGCUAUGAAAAUGAGCCGGAGAUCAGUUGAUGCCAGUCAGAGGAGUUUGGCUUAUAAUCGAAUAGUCGAUGCCCUAAAUGAAUUCAGGACAACAAUUUGUAAUCUUUACACAAUGCCGCGAAUUGGAGAGCCUGUCUGGCUUACAAUGAUGUCAGGGAUUCCAGAAAAGAACCACCUUUGCCAUCGAUUCAUGAAGGAGUUCACUUUUCUAAUGGAAAAUGCUUCAAAAAAUCAAUUCUUGCCAGCACUCAUUACUGCAGUUUUGACCAAUCAUCUUGCCUGGGUUCCAACAGUCAUGCCAAAUGGACAACCACCUAUAAAAAUAUUUUUAGAAAAACAUUCCUCUCAAAGUGUGGACAUGUUGGCGAAGACUCAUCCAUAUAACCCACUUUGGGCACAAUUAGGGGACUUGUAUGGCGCUAUUGGCUCUCCUGUAAGGUUAGCAAGGACUGUGGUAGUUGGCAAACGUCAAGACAUGGUUCAGAGGCUGCUUUAUUUUCUUACUUAUUUCAUAAGAUGUUCUGAACUUCAAGAAACUCAUCUUUUAGAAAAUGGAGAAGAUGAAGCCAUUGUUAUGCCAGGCACAGUAAUUACUACCACGUUAGAGAAAGGUGAAAUUGAAGAAUCUGAGUAUGUGCUUGUUACAAUGCACAGAAACAAAAGCAGUUUGCUCUUUAAAGAGUCAGAAGAAACAAGGACUCCUAAUUGUAACUGUAAAUAUUGCAGUCAUCCACUUCUUGGGCAAAAUACAGAGAAUGUUUCACAACAAGAGAGUGGAGAUGUUCAAGACAGCUCUAAGGAGCUGCUAGGAAUUGCAGAUGAGUGCCAAAUGAUUUCUCCUUCUGACCACCAAGAAGAAAAUGCUCUUGAUGUUAAACAGUGCAGAGAUAAAUUAAGAACUUGCCUUGAUACCAAGUUAGAGACAGUUGUUUGCACAGGAUCUGCUCCAGUUGACAAAUGUCCAUUGUCGAAGUCAUGCUUAGAGCCAGCAGAAGAAACAUGGCAGAGUGAUGAAUUACUGGAUUCCGGAAAUCACACAAGUGAAGUGCUGAGAACCACAGGAAUGACUGUGGAAAAAAAACCUCCAGAUAAGCUUGUGACUGCUGCAUUUUCUUGUGAGACAACCCAGACAAAGGUUACUUUCUUGAUUGGGGAUUCUAUGUCACCUGACUCAGACACAGAACUCCGGAGUCAGGCUGUGGUGGAUCAGAUUAGUAGGCAUCACACCAAACCAUUGAAGGAAGAAAGAGGGGCUACUGAUCAGCAUCAAGAAACUAAACAAACAACUAAGGACCAAUCUAAAGAGUCUGACAUAGCAAACAUGGUUUCUGGAGAGCCCUGUGAACUUCCCUGUUGGAAUCAUUCAGACCCAGAAAGCAUGAGCUUGUUUGAUGAAUAUUUCAAUGAUGAUUCAAUUGAAACCAGGACUAUUGAUGAUAUUCCAGUUAAAACCAGUACAGACAGUAAAGAACUCUGCUCUAUGUUAGAGUUUUCAAAAAGACUGUAUACAAAAAAUAGCAAGCAGAACAAUGAAUUUUGUAAAUGUGUAGAAACAGUUCACCAAGAUUCAUGUAAAACCUGCUAUCCUCAGCAGGACCAAAGAGAUACACUCUCCAUUCUUGUCCCCCAUGGGGAUAAAGAGAAUUCAGAGAAAAAAAUAGCUGUAGGAAGCGAGUGGGACAUUCCAAGAAAUGAAAGUUCAGAUAGUGCUCUUGGGGAUAGUGAAAGUGAAGAUACAGGUCAUGAUAUGACUAGACAAGUAAGCAAUUAUUAUGGAGGAGAGCAAGAAGAUUGGGCAGAAGAAGAUGAGAUACCUUUUCCUGGGUCAAAGUUAAUUGAAGUUAGUGCUGUUCAACCUAACAUCGCCAAUUUUGGGAGGUCCUUGUUAGGUGGCUACUGUUCGUCGUAUGUGCCUGACUUUGUUCUUCAAGGAAUUGGUAGUGAUGAGAGACUCCGUCAGUGUCUGCUAUCAGAUUUGUCCCAUGCUGUGCAACAUCCAGUGUUAGACGAACCAAUAGCGGAAGCUGUCUGUAUUAUAGCAGAUAUGGAUAAAUGGACUGUGCAAGUGGCCAGUAGCCAGAGACGAGUGACAGACAAUAAACUAGGAAAGGAAGUGUUGGUUUCCAGUCUUGUUUCCAAUCUGCUUCAUUCCACUCUUCAGCUUUAUAAACAUAACUUGUCUCCAAAUUUUUGUGUAAUGCAUCUUGAAGACCGAUUACAGGAGUUGUACUUCAAGAGCAAAAUGCUGUCAGAGUACCUGAGGGGGCAGAUGCGUGUUCACGUCAAGGAGCUGGGAGUGGUUCUAGGGAUUGAAUCCAGUGACCUUCCUCUCCUGGCUGCUGUAGCAAGCACUCACUCUCCAUAUGUCGCGCAGAUACUCCUGUAGGAAUGUGAAGUAGAAGCCAAGGAAGCAGACACAACAUACAUAUAUGGCAUUUUUUUCUCAUUAGAGUCCCAUCUGAAUGAGUCAGUCACAUGGGUAUCUUGCAUUGCAGUACAUUUCGUGUGAACAUUUGGCUUUUUCUUUUAGACUGGACUUUUUGGGUGGUAGUAUAUUUUUAACCAAAUGAAAAUAAAGCAUCAUAAAUAAUUUUGGGGGAAGCGUUUGAAAAAGCCAAAGUGUAACUUAGAAGUUUCUAUAAAAUGAGUAAUAUUGAGGAAUUUUUUAUGAUCACUACAGUGUUGCCACAACUCUAAAUAACAACAAAUAUCUCGUGAUUAAAUGGCUCAAAUAGUCACUUUGUUUGUUUUAAUUAAUUCUUUAUUUCUAAGAUACAUAGGUUUACAAACCUUGAUUAUUUUUUGUUUUGUCAAUUAAAAUAGCUAAUUUCUAGAUAUUUCUUGAUAUUUUAAAUAGGCCAUUAAUUAUAAGAGAAGAAUGAGUGUAAAUCUGUGUUGUUAUCUACCCAAGUGUACAUAUGUAUCUAGUUUUUUAAAAAGAAGAGGUCAAAAUACAAGAUUGAUAAACAUGGCUUUUUAAAAAUAUAUAUAUAUUUUCAACUAGUAUUAACUGUAUAUAAUGUUGAAAUGUUACUUUCUGGUGAUUUUUCGGUUUCACACACCCUUAAAUAUUAAUAAAGCCAAUUGUUUUUUAAAGGGUGAGUAAUAUAGAUCCCCAAAUAAGAAUACUACUUUAUAUUCUUUGUGUUCUUUAUAAGUAUAAGCUAAUUCUCAUAAAUGUUAAUAUUAACCUAUUUGCACCUAAUUUAAUAAAUUAAAAUUAGGAUUAAAACUUGCAUCAAAGCAUUGGAAAAAUAAUAUUUCUUCAAUAGCGCUCAGGUAGCUGAGGCCCUUGCUUUUGGUAUCAGCCAUCCUUGAACCCACAGAAAAUAAAUAUUUGUUUCAUUGCUUAAUAAUAUUCAGUUUACACUAAUAGAACUCAUUAACUCUUAAAAUUAUUCUCUUGAAAUUCCCAUCUUCCAAAAGCUAAUAUUCUUUUAAAGGUUUCCACUUUUCGGUUGUUGUUGUUCUGUAUAUAUUGUAGAAUGUUGCUUGUGAGAAAAGCUAAUACGGAACCAAACUUUUGUAAGUAAUGUAAAUAGAGAUGGGUAGGUAAAGUUUUCAAUAUGCUCUACUACCUCAGUUUACUUGAAAACUACAUGAUAGUUUAUUCUUUACUUGUCUGGUCUAAGAUACUUUAAUUCUAGAAGUGAAGUUGGUUUCUGCUUUCAUGGACUAUUUUUAUCAUAAUUAUUUGAUUAGUUAAAAAAACACCACUUGCUUAUUCUGUUACUAUAUAUAUUUCCUGUAUAAUAUAUUCAUUUUUGCUCUUUCAGUUUUCAGUAAUUAAAGAUUUCUUUGGUUUAACUCUUUGACCUUUAAUUUGUAGCAUUGGGUCACAUUUUGCCUUGCUCUCUGUAUUCAAGAACUCUCCAACCUAGACUAAGAAGAAAUGGUGAUUGUAAUGGAAUGUAACCUGAAAUUGGUGUGCCUGCAAUCAGUUUGGCCUCUGUGUCCUAUCUGCUGGUCCCAGUUAGCACCAGUUUUCCAUGGAUGACUUGCUGCCAAAGAGUUUUUAUGGGUAUAUUUUCUUUGGCUUAAUAUUCUUGUUCUGUUCAUCAAUGAAAUUCUUCACUAUUCUACUGUUUGGAAUUCUAUGAAUCAAUCUCUUUGGCAGAAUUCAGAAUAUAGAAAAGUUCAUAUGUGCAUCACUGUACAUUAUUUUUUAUUGUAGUUCAGAAUGAUAUGUAGCAGGUAAAGUCUGUUUUGCAUGUUUUCUUUUCUAAUUAAUCAUCAAACUAUUCACAGUCCUAUCUAUUUGAAAUCUCUAAGAAAUUAGCAUUUAGAAAAUCUAGUCUUCAAUAAAUGGAUGGCUCAUGCUACCGUUAUUCUUAAAACUAAGCUUUGCUCGGAGGGAAGGGGCCUGUAGUUUCUUAUAGAUUCAUUAAUCCUUAUAGGAUUCCUGAAUUUCAUAAUUCCCAGCACUUCUGUAAUUUCUACUGCCUUCAUCAUAAUCAUUUUUUUUUUAUACAGAAAGCCCAUGGAGUAAGCUGCUGCUGCUGCUUUUAAAGGGUGGUCACUAUGAUGAAUGUGAAAAGCGUUUGGCCUAUUCAAAAUAAGUUUCUCAACUUUGUAUGGUACAAACAGCUAUGUGUUAAGUAUUUUUAAAAACCGUUGGUUGCAAUAGGAAAUAAAAAAGGGAUCUUUUACAUUAUAGAUUUAAAACUAAUUUUCCUUGUAUAUAAACUAAUUGGCUUGAUUUUAAAUAUUCCUGGUUUUUAUUCAUAUAUCUUAAUUUUGAGUUUGAAACUGUUAAGUGCAAUAAAUUUACCAGCACAGAUAUAAUUUUGUUCUAAUUAGCAUACACUGGGGUUGAUCACUUAAACAAAAAGAUUUCAUGCAAUGCCUAUUUCUGGUAGCUGUCUUACGAGAUUUCUGCUUUCUCUAAGUUAUUUAGAUGGUGAGAUAAAUGUACAUACUGUUUCUUGUUCUGUAUACAUUUCUCAAAUGUACACUUGUAUUAUAAUAACCUCCCAAUUCUAGGGGAAAUUUGUGCAAUAAAUACACAUGUCCGUUUGAUGGGUGAUGUUGGUCUUUCUUUCAUGGGUUACUUAGAUAUAAUAACAUUGGCUCUGAUUUGGGAUUCUUUUUUCAAAUGUGACACUUCUAGUAACAUUAUCUUGUUCAUAAUGUCUUUUUCUAAUCCUAAAUUUCUGUCUUGGUAAUUUGGUAAAAUUUGUUUUAUAAGGUUGUUGUGAGAAUGAAGUGAAAUAAUGAAUGUCAAGGAUUAAUGCGUGGCACACCCCGAGUGCUUGAUAAUUUUUGGCUGCUGCUAUUACUAGGUAAUCUGUCCAGCCUCCUCUUCAUGGCCCCCAGCUGUUGGGAGAAUUUAGCCUACAUUCUUAUGCACGAAAAUGUAAUAUAAAAAUACUGGUAUAUUCUUACACUUAACCUAAUUCUUAAAAUAACAAACUGAAAAAAAUUUAAAAUGUUUUUAUAAAAACAAACUGAAAAUCUUUUAAAACCUACAGGAAACCAUGUAAACAUGUUAUGAACAUU